AUGGCUCUUUCUGUGGUGGACCUGGUUGUCUUCACCCUCCUGCAAACUGCCCUCUCGCUGAACCCUGAGGACCCCAAUGUGUGCAGCCAUUGGGAGAGCUACGCUGUGACUGUCCAGGAGUCAUAUGCACACCCCUUUGAUCAGAUCUACUACACACGCUGCACCGAUAUCCUCAACUGGUUCAAGUGCACUCGGCACCGGGUCAGCUAUAAGACGGCAUAUCGGCGCGGCCUCCGGACCAUGUACCGGCGGAGGUCCCAGUGCUGCCCCGGCUACUACGAGAAUGGAGACUUCUGCAUUCCCCUGUGUACAGAGGAGUGUGUGCAUGGCCGCUGUGUUUCUCCGGACACCUGCCAUUGUGAGCCCGGCUGGGGAGGCCCUGACUGCUCCAGUGGCUGCGACAGUGACCACUGGGGCCCUCACUGUAGCAAUCGGUGCCAGUGCCAGAACGGCGCCCUGUGCAACCCCAUCACCGGCGCCUGCGUGUGCGCCGCCGGCUUCCGAGGGUGGCGCUGCGAAGAGCUGUGUGCGCCGGGCACCCACGGCAAGGGCUGCCAGCUGCCGUGUCAGUGCCGCCACGGCGCCAGCUGCGACCCGCGCACUGGCGAGUGCCUCUGCGCACCUGGCUACACCGGCGUCUACUGUGAGGAGCUGUGCCCACCUGGGAGCCACGGAGCACACUGUGAGUUGCGCUGCCCCUGCCAGAAUGGGGGCACCUGCCACCACAUCACUGGAGAGUGUGCCUGUCCUCCAGGCUGGACGGGAGCAGUGUGCGCCCAGCCCUGCCCACCAGGGACGUUCGGCCAGAACUGCAGCCAGGACUGUCCUUGCCAUCAUGGAGGGCAGUGUGACCACGUGACUGGACAGUGCCACUGUACAGCUGGAUACAUGGGGGACAGGUGCCAAGAGGAAUGUCCCUUCGGGACCUUUGGCUUCCAGUGCUCGCAGCGCUGUGACUGCCACAACGGGGGCCAGUGUUCACCCACCACGGGUGCCUGUGAGUGUGAGCCUGGCUACAAGGGACCGCGCUGCCAAGAACGGCUGUGUCCUGAAGGCCUGCAUGGCCCAGGCUGCACCUUGCCCUGCCCCUGUGACACGGACAACACUAUCAGCUGCCACCCUGUAACUGGAGCUUGUACCUGCCAACCUGGUUGGUCUGGCCACCACUGCAACGAGUCCUGUCCUGCUGGAUACUAUGGUGAUAGCUGCCAGCUGCCUUGCACCUGUCAGAACGGUGCCGACUGCCACAGCAUCACUGGGGGCUGCACUUGUUCCCCAGGCUUCAUGGGAGAGGUCUGUGCAGUUCCCUGUGCAGCAGGGACCUACGGCCCCAACUGCUCGUCUGUCUGUAGUUGUAACAAUGGUGGCACCUGCUCCCCAGUUGAUGGUUCCUGCACCUGCAAGGAAGGGUGGCAGGGCCUGGACUGUACCUUGCCAUGUCCUGGUGGGACAUGGGGCCUGAACUGCAAUGAGAGCUGCGCCUGCACUCAUGGGGCAACCUGCAGCCCCACCGACGGCUCCUGCACCUGCACCCCAGGCUGGCUGGGGGACACCUGCGAACUGCCCUGCCCGGAUGGCACCUUUGGACUGAACUGCAGUGAACACUGUGACUGCAGCCAUGCCGAUGGUUGUGAUCCUGUCACAGGCCAGUGCUGCUGCCUGGCGGGAUGGACAGGCAUCCGCUGUGACAGCACAUGUCCACCUGGUCGCUGGGGCCCCAACUGCUCUGUCUCCUGCAGCUGUGAGAAUGGUGGCUCCUGCUCUCCAGAGGAUGGGAGCUGCGAGUGUGCCCCUGGCUUCCGAGGACCCUUAUGCCAGAGAAUCUGUCCCCCUGGGUUCUAUGGCCACGGCUGUGCCCAGCCUUGCCCUCUCUGUGUGCACAGCAGUGGAUCCUGCCACCACAUCAGUGGCAUCUGUGAGUGCCUCCCAGGAUUCUCCGGAGCCCUCUGCAACCAAGUGUGUGCUGGAGGGCACUUUGGGCAGGACUGUGCCCAACUCUGUUCCUGUGCCAACAAUGGGACCUGCAGCCCCAUCGAUGGCUCCUGCCAGUGCUUUCCUGGAUGGAUUGGCAAGGACUGCUCACAGGUGUGCCCACCUGGGUUCUGGGGCUCUGCCUGCUUCCACACCUGCAGCUGCCACAACGGGGCGAGCUGUAGCGCUGAGGAUGGGGCCUGUCACUGCACCCCGGGCUGGACUGGACUCUUCUGCACUCAGCGUUGCCCAGCAGCGUUUUUUGGGAAGGAUUGUGGGCGUGUGUGCCAGUGUCAGAAUGGCGCCAGCUGUGACCACAUCAGUGGCAAGUGCACCUGCCGAACUGGUUUCACUGGACGCCACUGUGAGCAGAGAUGUGCUCCAGGAACCUUUGGCUACGGGUGUGAGCAGCUAUGUGAGUGUAUGAACAAUGCUACCUGUGACCACGUCACUGGCACCUGUUACUGCAGUCCUGGAUUCAAAGGAAUCAGGUGUGACCAAGCUGCCCUCAUGAUGGAGGAGCUGAAUCCCUAUACCAAGAUCAGCCCGGCUCUGGGUGCAGAGCGGCACUCAGUGGGUGCUGUCACAGGCAUCGUCCUCCUGUUAUCCCUCAUCGUGGUGCUGCUGGGCCUGUUUGCAUGGCGCCGGCGCCGGCAGAAAGAGAAGGGCCGUGACCUGGCUCCCCGGGUCUCCUACACCCCGGCCAUGAGGAUGACCAGCACCGACUACUCCCUCUCAGAUUUGUCUCAAAGUAGCAGCCACGCCCAGUGCUUUUCCAAUGCCAGCUACCACGCACUGUCAUGCAGGGGGCCUGCCACCAGCCAGGCCAGCACUCUGGACAGGAACAGCCCCACCAAGCUCAGUAACAAGUCCCUUGACAGAGAGACAGCAGGCUGGACCCCCUACAGCUAUGUGAACGUGUUAGACUCCCAUUUCCACAUCAGUGCCCUGGAGGCCAGGUACCCGCCAGAGGACUUCUACAUUGAACUUAGACACCUCAGCCAAUCCGCAGAGCCACACUCACCAGGUGCAUGUGGAAUGGACAGACGUCAGAACACAUACAUUAUGGACAAAGGCUUCAAAGAUUACAUGAAAGACUCCGUGUGCAGUUCUAGUACUUGCUCCUUGAAUAGCAGUGAAAACCCUUACGCCACAAUUAAGGACCCACCCAUCCUCACCUGCAGGCUUCCGGAAAGCAGCUAUGUAGAAAUGAAGUCACCUGUGCACAAGGGUUCUCCAUACACAGAUGUGCCAUCCUUGUCGACAUCUAAUAAAAAUAUAUAUGAAGUUGGUAGGUGUCUCAAAUAAGUACGUAGUGAAAUCAGGGCAAUAGUGCAGCAUUCAAAUGAAAAGGAGCCCUCUCCUCUCACCCUGUCUUGACAACACGCCCUUCUUUCGUUGCUUUUUUUAAGGAAUCCAAGGUAAACUCUCCUUCCCAGAAUUGCCUUCCCCUCUAAUGCAGGAAAUCAAAAUCUUGUGCCAACUUGCUUGUAAAACACCAGAACUAAUCUGAAGCAGAAACAGAGUAUGUGGGGAAUGGGUACACAUACUUCAACUGAUUGUUCAUACAAACCCCAGUUUGAAAAAGAAAAUCAGAAUUGGUAUUUGCAAGUUUCUAAAUCACCUUCUUCUACCCGUUCCCAGUUUAAACUACGUUCCUGGGCACAUUGAUAAGAACCCUAUCUCUAGAAUAUUCUAAAUGUCUUGGUGUUGACCAGAGGCUGGGAUUUUGACAGCACAUUCACUUAAGUUUCCCAUCUCUUGAUCAAUCAUCAGUCCUAACUCUCUCCCUAGCUCCUCUUUCAACCCUGUUAAAUAGAACUCUUCCUUCCCAACAAAACAACCAAAGCUAAUCUGUUCUCUGAACUCAUUUUUCACUAUAUUCCUUAGAGCCCACAGUCAUUGUGGUCCAAGAAGGCCUCGGUCAUAACUCCAGCCAUGUCCAGAAUCCAUACGACCUACCUAGGAACAGCCAUAUUCCUGGUCAUUAUGACCUCCUCCCAGUAAGACA